AAAUAACUACCGGAAGUAAACAAUUUUUGACAGAGAACGGGCUUGAUUGCCAAGUUCAAUAUGGAUGGUGAUUGGCAAAGUAACGAUGGGGAUGAGGGAUUUGAUGACGGUGAUGAGGCUGAGGAAGAAAAUGUCCCAAUGGAUAUUAACUUGGCUACAGAAGGAGAAGAUGAGCUUUUGAAUGGUCCUCGAGCAAGUGUGUUUUACAUGGUGCCACAGUCUGAGGAUAAAGGCAAAGACUUUACCAAGACUGAAGUAGAGGAAAUGAUGAAGUCUGAGGAGUACCAAAAGAAAAUUGAUACUUGUCAUUUAUGUGGUCAAUGCUGGUAUGAAGGCAAGUAUAGCGAGGACUGUCCCGAGUGUGAUGGACAUCACAUGACCCGCCCAUGUGCGAUCUGUGGAGGAGAAUGUAACCAGGUCUGGAAACGUGAUGUCAAGAUUUCACAUUCCUUCCAUAAGGCUCACUGGGACGGAAAGUGCUUGCUUCCCACAGAGGCUCAGAAUGCAUACAGGAAACGAAAUACCACCUCAAAGUCACUGACGGAAGGCAUGCAAGACUUGUCGACGAGAUAGCACAGUGGCGCCCUCUGUAGGAGAUAACCAGAGGUUUUCUGUAUCUGGAGAUGAAUGAUAAACAACCCUUUGGUCUCUACAUCACAGAGGAUGGUCACAUGACCCUGAAUAAUGUACUGUACUUAUAUUGAUUGAGUGCAAUCAAAAUCUUGUAUGCUUUAUGUUAAUACCAGAUAAUAUAUUUGCGCAGACAUAACGUAGCAUAUCAUGACAUUAUUAAUAUUUUUUUUUUAUAUUAAAUUUAAGGAAACCUUUUUGUUGGCUAUGUCUGUCUUAACAGUUGUGUUUUCAUACCAUAUUAAAUCUAGCUAUGGUAUUAUCAAUAGCCUUAUUUCCACAAAUCUGCUUGUUCCAAUAUAAAACAGGAGUGGAGUCUGGACACAUAUCUAUUUAUUCAGGGCAGAACAAAAUUUUUAAUAUUUAAUAUGAAAUCAUAGAUCUGGCUAAUAGAAAUAUUUCCCCUCUGCAAUCAGUGUUUAUGAGGACAUACUGAUUUUUUCUUUACAAAAAUAUCUUGUUAGCCUGAAAAUGCUGGAAAAGGAUUGGGCUGCAUGUGACCGGUGUUAUUCUGUGCAGUUUACAAUGCAUGGGCAUUUUUUUCUUUCUUUCUUUUUUAAAGAAAUGUACAGAUAUGGCAUUAUAUUUGAAUUCACAGUUCAUGUGUUACAGUUGCUUGAUAUUGUAAUGCAAUUUUCAUAUGACAAUUAUAAGCAAUAUAAAUGCCAAAGUAUCUUUAGUUUUUGUAAUGUUUGAUUUUCUUGUACACAUUAUGAAUUUGCAUGGGAAUAUGUGUCAGUAUUUCUAAUUAGUAAAUUGCCUUUUCAAGCUGUUCAGUAUAUAAAUAUAGCUUUGUUGGCUGAUAUUCAAUAACCAACGAGGUGAUUAAAAUCAUCUAUCUGUGACCCUGGGAAUAAACCUUAUGUGAUACUUGAAUAUAAAACUAUAGCCUCAUACUUAAAAUCUGAUUCAUAAACUCAUUUAGACAACCAAAAAAUUAAUUGUUAUCUGAGAAAUGACAUUGUAAAUACAUUACUUGUAAAUUUUCUUUGCAUGACAUACACUUGUAGAUUUAUCAGCAUGGCAGAUUUUGUAUACAUUUUGCCAAUGCUUUCCUAUUGGAAUUAAUGUAAUUGUACAUGUAUUAUUGAGCUAUUACUGUAAUCAGUAAUGACGCACAAAUCCUUCCAUUUAAUGGGAAACUCUUGUUGAUAAUGUAAAGCACUUCAAUUUUUACAUAAAGGAUGUUAUAUUGGAGGGGUUGUAUUUUUUUCAGUUUUCAAGAAUAGAACAAAAUAGAAAAAAUGUAUUUGAAAGAAAAUUAAAAAAAAAUCUUUUUCACAAGUUUCAGAAAAACACAUCAUUAUAUCAUUAUUUAUGUAAAUCAUACUACCUAAGUUAUCAACUCAGUAAAAUAUUAUACAAUGUAUGUACUUAGGUUAAAAUGAAUAGAUAUUUAUGAUAUUAUCAAAAACACUAAGAAAGAACUAAUUUUAUGGUGGCCUAGCAUGAAAUAGUUCAGGUUAUCUCCCUUGACAAAACUGCAAUUUUAAUUAGUGGUUUACUGCCUACAUGACUCCAUCUAUUGCUAGGUUUCCACUAAGUGAUUACCACUGGUGUCCUAUUGGUGCGCUGCUGGAUUUAUCGUGUGGCUCUGUUAUAUAUAAAACAUGGACAGUGAUGCAAUAAGGUGGUGCCACCUAGUGUACAAAAAAUCAAUUAGUUUAGGUUAUCUCCCUUGAUUUAAGUAGAACUGAAGUAUUGAUUAUGCUGCAUACUUACAUGUUACAGAGAUAUUUGAUGUAAACAUAUUCUUUUCAACACUAGAAGUAUAUAUGGAAGUUUAAGA